AUGUCCUCCAUCACCCUCUCAGACCUCGAAUUCAUAGACCGCGAAACCCUCGCAUCCACUUUUACUACUCCUUCCACCACCGAAGCCACAGACGCACAACCCAAACGGAGUCUCCCCGCCUCCACAGCCAUCAUCGACGUGCGCGAUAGCGACCACAUCGGCGGCCACAUCCGAGGCUCCACUUGGGUUCCCUCGAGCGAUCUCGACUUCAAACUCCCCGAGCUACUGCGUACGCUGCAGGACAAGGAGACUGUGGUUUUCCAUUGUGCGUUGAGUCAGCAGCGGGGACCUAGUGCUGCGUUGAGGUAUUUGAGGGAGAAGGAGCGGGUGCAAGGGAGUGGGGGUGCAGAGGGAAAUGGGAAGGAAGAGGGAGGGAAGAAGCAGAAAGUAGUGGUGCUUAAAGGUGGAUUUACAGAGUGGCAGGAGAAAUAUGGGACGGAUGAGGAGUUGACGGAGGGGUAUAAAAAGGAUGUUUGGGAGUUUGGGUCGUAA